UCUAAAUUAAAUAGGCCUACUAUACAAAAAUAAUCACUCUUGUUUAGUGUCAUUUCAGCAUGCUAAUAUUUAAUGCGCGAGCAUUAUUCAAACCAAAUUAUUCAGUCAGAUUUUACAGGUAUUACGGCUGUAAAGGUUUCUACAUGUUGUCCUGUAGAGAAGCGUUUAAGAAAAUCUAGCUACCAUGAAGAGUCAUAAUUCUGCACACGGGUAUAGCGUUAUGUAGCUAAAUCGCCUACUGUUACCGAGUGUAGUUGUGGCUGUUUUCUUGCGGAGAAAAUGUUGUCUGGCGUCCAGCCGUGUUUUCAGCUGUUAAGAAUUGGCUCGUCAAAUAAUGCUAACGGCCAGGGUAGUGAUGUCGCUGACUUGGCACGUGACCUGUACACCUUCCGACCGGCGCUUGCCCAAUCAGUGUUCCGCUUGGGGCGGGCAGUAGAGUUGUGUGAUGUUUACUCUGGAGAGUCAUCAACCGUGUCACGUAUCCAUGCUGAACUACAUGCUGAAAGGCAGACCGAUGGUGUAGCAGGGGAGGGCUGGAAAGUCCAGGUGAAGGACAGAAGCAGUUAUGGCACAUGGGUGAACGAUGUCCGAAUACAGCAAGGUGUUUUGUGGGAAAUCUUUGAUGGUGACACAUUAACCUUCGGUGGUCAAUCAGUGCGAGGGAACCCAGAAUUCUACUUCCUCUUCCAGAAGGUUCGAGUUAGACCACAGGACUUUGAUGCCAUUACAGUUCCAAAGGCUAGUUCCUUUUCAUCUGAUAUUCAGAACCGGAUCAGGACAAGUCUGGAUAGUAAACCUGAGCCGAGUCUUGAUCUUUCUAAACUGUCCAUCAAUAGAGCCACCGUCAUUCUUAACUCCAUUGGCAGCCUGAGUAAGAUGAAUGGAAGUUGCUGGACCUUCAAGAGGACAGACAAAACCACUGACCUGACUUCUACCAGAACUCCUUCAUUUACAGCUUUGGUGCCACCUUCCACCCCUCCUCCACUCCCUGCAAUUUCCAAGGAGACCUCCUCAAAGUCCCUCCCGCCAUCAUCUAAGAGCCGGCGCAAGUCGGCGCACACUGUGUUGUUGGAAGAUGAUAGUUCAGAUGAUCCUGUGGGCCAGAAGUGGAUUGGAGGGUGCACGGAAAGUCAGAGGGGGAAGAGGCGACGGCUGUACAAGUCUGAGUCUGAGAUGUUCCAGCCUCCAUUAUCUAAAACAGAGUUGAGCAUGAAGUCACAGUUUGACAUCAGGCCCGUGAUACCCAAGCAAAAUGGUAUAAUUUACAAUUAUUCAACCAAUGGGAAACCUGCUAAUGCUUCUUUAACCUCACUUCAAAAGCGAGAUAUUGUAAACAUGAGUUACAACAAAGGUAUAAAUCUUGUGAGCUGCAGACAGCAGAAGCCUUGCUUGCCAGCCCCUCGUGGCAGGCGAAGAACAAACAGCUCACCUGUGUACUCCCCUCUGGUGGUGGGUGGGGUAAACUACCACCUGGCCUCUCCAUCAAUGAGGCUGACCAAGGUGGAAAGGGAGAGGGGACAGGUUGCACGCUUCAAGACCACCACUGGUAGACAACGUGGAAGACCCAGGAAGCAUCCCCUGCCUCGCCCUUCACUCCCAUCCCCCUCUUCCUCAUCUUCAUCUACCUCCUCCUCAUCUUCAUCCUCCUCCUCUUCUUCGGAUGAAGAUGAUGAAGAUGAAGAUGUGGGUGCCCAGGGUGUGGAGCCAUGUGCAGCGGUGCAUUGUCGUCUACCACAGCAGGAUACAGUGCAGUGGGUCCAGUGUGAUGACUGUGAUGCUUGGUACCAUCUGGACUGCCUACCCCACGACCGGAACCAAGCUUCUUUCCUGGUCGACCCGAGUGCCGACUUCCACUGUGGCUGCUGCUGAAGCUGGACCCCUCUGCCCCAGACCCAGCAGGGCUCACUGGGUCUGUCUGGACUGCAGUAUCAGAACACGCAGAGGUCUUCAGAAAGAUUGCCACUAUGAGAUGUACCAUUAAGCCGACGCAGCUAAAAAAGAAACAAAUAGUUUUGGCUGUUUGACUUUCUCUUACAAGCUUUGGCAUAAUGAUUAGACUCAGAAACAUUUUUUUUAAAUAAAUCUGCCAUGAAUUGCUUGUAUCUGGGAAACUGGAGCAAAAAUGUGUGCUGGACAUGCGCAGCAGUUAAGAGGUGUUUUUUGUUUCAAAACUUGUGUUCUCAGUACAAAGUGGGUCCUGAAUUCUCCUGCAAUCUGUAAAUGGUAACUUGGGAGCAAAUCUUCAAACAUUUGUAAGAAAAUUUUUUUUAAUAAAUUGAUUUAUUGUGAGUUUAAAAAGAUGAUUAAAACUGCUUCUUAAGAUGGUUAGAUAAGAUAAGUGCAUCAUCUGGACUUUAUUAUUAUUAUUAUUUCUUUUUUUUCUUUUUUCUUUUUUUUUAGAAGUUCUUCUAAAGUGUUGUUUCUGAUGUCAAAAUGGAAUGCUUGUCUUUAUCCUGUUUUGGCUAGACAUGUAAAUGUGUUCAUUACUUUAUUUGGGUUAAAACCAAAACAUGUUUAUGAGCUCCAGGAACCUUUAUAAGGGGAUCUUGUAUAAAAAUGUACUGGUGUUUAAUAUGCUAAACCAGUUUAACAAAUCUACAAAUACUGUAUUGUAGUGUAAUAGAUUACUGUAAAACUGCUUAGUACAACAAAACAGCCAUCAGAAUAUUCCUUAUACAUCAAUAAGACUAACUGCAACUUGAAUACUUUUGGCAAUCGAUGACACUGACAUCAAGUUUAAAAAAAUGCACAAAUGCAGUCUGAGGCAAGUGGUUAUUUUCAUAGCAACAUUUUCAGUGUGGCUGAUUCUUUUAGACCACAGUUUAGGCCUGCAUAGUAUAUUGUUUAUUAAUUAUCACAGUAUUGGAUAAAAUGUUCCAGCACCCUAUCUUCCCUGACAUUCCACAUCAGUGGUCUGUGGGUGUUAUAGAAUAUACUGACAAAUUUACAAAUGUAAAUAAUUAUGGCAAAAAUAAGACAGGCCAGUGUGUAAACAUGUCACCUCAAAGGUUCAGAGUCGAAUUGAAAGGUAUACUACAAUCAUUGUAUGUAGCAUUAUCAUGGAAGUAUAAUACCUUUGUCUGUAUUGUGGUACUAUGAUAAUUCAGCAUCGGUAGUUUUCGAGAUUCACAGGAGUUGGGUGGUUUUACUGAUGGCAAUACCUCUAUGAAUGCAAUACAAAUAAAACAAUAGCCUUUAACCUUUGCUUCUGUAACUGUUUUAGACCAAACUACACAUUGUAAUGAUUGGUAGAAGGAUUUUUGCUUUAGGUGAUCACAGUUCUGUGUGGAAAAUGUCCAUAUAUUAAAUCAACCUGAUUCAGUAGAAAGGCUUACCCUUGGAACUACUGACAGAAUAAAUUAAGGAAAUUUAAUUGCCAGAAUGUCGCACUAUGUCUAAAAUAUUAAUAGUUUCUUACAAAUGUGUAUGGAAAAACUUUCUUUUGAUUUGAUAUUAACAUGUUUUCUGUUUGAGCUCUACUAACCCUAAAUAGUUGGCCAUUUAAAAAUACAUGUGCUAUGGUAUGAAUGUAAAUCAUCUUUCACUGUCUUCACUUUAAUGCUUUAACUAAGACAAAUGACUAUCUGCAUUUCAGUCACAAUAUUACUAUUUGUCAUGAGGGGGA